CAACUGAAAAUAAAUUGCGAUACUAUGUUACAGCACUGAAUAAAUAAACGAUUUGGAAAUGGCACACUGGAAUGGUGAAGGCGAAAAAAAACGAAUCUAGUUGAAAAUUUAUACAUUUUGUACUAACAUUUGAAUUUCAGUAUGCUAAAUUUAGUUUUAUUUUUUGGACUGGGCAUCUCAUUUAUCAACGCCGAAGAAAAAACCAAAGAGCGCAAAGCAAGCCUCAUAGUGUUACCUCCAUUAGUACUAGGGUAUGAUGAAUUAUACCAAGAUGCUUUGUCAGCUGAAAACGCGAACCCUGAGCCAGUUGCACCACAAGGGGCCGCCCGAAAAGGCCCAGUAAAAAUAACUAAGAUGCCAAAUAGUGACAUGAAUUCUGAUUCAGUCAUCGAAAAAGAAAAUGUCAAGUAUUUGGAAAAUACAUAUUUAAAUAAUUCACAUUACUCCGAUAGUCCAAGCGAAGAGUAUUAUAACGAUCUAUCGGAAGGAUUAGAUAUAGAAAAGAAUAGAACUGACGAAGAGAAACGAGCGUAUGAAAGAAACGAAGAGAAAGAUUUGUCAAUAGAAGCGAAAGUAUUGGCCAAAGCGCGGUUUAAUGAUUUUCCUGUUAUCGUUGAAAAAAAUGAUCGUGAUGAUAUUAAGGUUCGUGGCUUUAAAGUGCCCGACGUUAAAGUGUCAAACUUUAAGAUGCCGGACACUAAGGUGACGGACAUUAAGGUGUCAAACUUGAAAGUGCCGGACACUAAGUUACCUGAUAUUAAGUUGCCUGAUAUUAAGUUGUCUGAUAUUAAAAUGCUUGAUAUUAAAGUGCCCGACAUUAAGGUACCUGAUAGUAAAAUGCCCAAUGGACGUAAAGGGCGUUUCAGGAGAAGCCUACAAGAAGAACAUACCACGUGCCCUUGUCAAGCCGGAUGAUAAUAAAGGGAAUACGCAUCAAUCAAAAUUGACAAUAUAAAAAAUUGAACGAACGACAUUACGAAACUAUACUAUCUUCUUUUUUGAACUAUUUCAUGUUGAACGUUGAAAUAAAAUGUAUUCUAAAAUGUA